GUAAAUUGGUCAUACGAGAUUCAUUUGUUACGAUGAAAUUGUUGUUCGUUUCCGUAAUACUUUUCGUGUCUGUUGUUUCAACAGAAGUGUUGAACGCGUAUAUCGGCGAAUGUUAUUUGACAUCAAAUACAAGUGUUGACUCAAGUCUACGCCAUGACGAUGGAAAUACGUUGAACUUGGUUUGUGUGAAUAGUUUUCGUCAAACGGAUCUCUUUGGUGAUUCGCCGACUUCGAGAUGUUCAAAAAGUUCGGGAUUUGUAAAAAGUCAAAUUAUUCAAAUAAACUUUGAAAAUUGUUCAUUAACGAAUAUUGGAUAUGGAAUUUUUGAAGUAUACAAAAAUCUCACCAAUCUCAAUGCGACGUAUCUUGGACUCGAGCAUCUACAAAAGCAAUUUUUUAAUGAAGCAAAGAAUUUAACAAAUUUAGAUGUGUCACACAAUAAACUCAUCGAAUUACCAUCGUUUUUGUUUUUAAAUGCUGGAAAAUUACGUGUCGCUGAUUUUUCGUUCAAUCAAAUCCAUCGAAUGGAUUCGUUUACUUUUACCGGUGAAUUAAAAUUGGAAAAAUUGAAUUUGGCCCAAAAUAACAUAGCAACGUUGGACAAGAUGCUUUUCGACUAUUUGCUGAAUUUGAAGCAUUUGAAUCUAUCGAACAACAGCAUCCACGAUCUGAACGAGCAUACGUUUGAUAAUUUAACGCAUUUGGAAGUUUUAGAUUUAUCAUUCAAUCCCAUUGAAAAACUAAGUACCGAAACAUUCACAUCGCUCGUAAAGUUGAAAUAUUUGAAUCUAUCACAUACACAAUUGUCAACAAUCAAAUCGAAAACAUUUUGUCGUUUGGAAAAUUUGGAAAUUCUUGACCUAUCUCACAAUCAUUUAAAAAUCUUGGACGUUCGAAUGUUGGACAGUGGCAUUUUUCUACCUCGAUUCGAUCAUUUGAAAGGGUUGUUGAUUGAAGGAAACCAAUUAACCGAACUGGAUGGAUUUACAAGCGAACAAUUUCCAGCGUUGAAAAUUCAUGGCAUUCCCGAUAACAAAUUUGACUGUUGCUAUUUGGCGAAACUAUUUCGUUCGAUUGGCUGGAAACAACUUGAAUUACCGUUCGAUGAAAAUAGCAAUCAUCCGAAUUUAACGGACGCGACGGGUGCACGAUGUAUUUUUGGCGGCGAAUUUUUAUAUUUUGAAGACACAACAAACUUUUCAUGGGCCGAAGCUCUGUCCGUUGUUUGCUUUUUAUUCGUACUCUUACUAUUCGUGAUGGUUGGCGCAAUUAUGAAAACAAAUAACCGCUAUCAAUCGGCAACCAGCCUCGAUCACAAUAUGACAGUGCAUUGUGAUAGCAUAUCCAAUUUUGAUUAUCCAAACGUAUACGAUGUACCGAAAUUUUGAAAGAAAGAACGCGCUUGGUGGAAAUUCGGAGUGAACAAGAUUCAUUAGAAAAUAAAUGUCCAAGAAGACGAAUAUGAAUGUAUGACUUUUUGUAUAUUGUAUUUUUUUUGUGUUUCUGAAAAAAAUAAAGUAUGAAGAGGAAUCGAUGAAAAGCA